AAUCGGCUUUUCUGACUUCAUGUCUUCAUGUCUUUGAUCGACUGUGCAGAGAAACCAACUAAACGAUCAAUACAAUUGGAGCCUGUUGACAGUGUUGUGUUGUCUGGUUAGAGUGUUCAGAAGAGUACAGCAAGACCCGUAUGACUUUUUGAGGACUGUUAGCUGCGUGAUCUGUUUUUGUGCUCAUCAUGGGAAAUAGCUCCAGCGGUGGCAGCGUCCAAGAACACCUGGACCAUGCCAGACGCAGUGGAGUAUGCUCAUUGCAGAACAUGUCGCUGAAAGCAUUACCGCCUAGCCUCUUGCAGCUCUCCAAUAUCAGAAGCCUGGAUAUCAGUGGCAACCAGAUAUCUGAGUUGCGGGGCGACAUUGCGUCUCUACCAGCACUGAAGUCUCUGACGGCCACUGGGAAUCGAUUGGAAAGACUACCCGAGGAGCUCGGCACUCUAGUGAAGCUGGAAACCUUAUCUUUAGCUAGCAAUCGCAUUAUGUCAGUUCCUGUAUCUCUGAGCAACCUAGCACACCUGAAAACAUUGGUGCUAAGCGGCAAUCAGCUAACGGGAUUCCCCGUCAGCGUGCUGGGCUGUAAGCAGCUGCAGGUACUGGACUUGGCUGACAAUCGCAUCACGGCACUACCCGACGACAUGCAGCAGCUGCAAGCCGUGGAGCUAAUCCUCAACCGUAAUCAGGUCGCGGCGCUGCCUGAGAGCUUGGCGCAGUGCCGACGUCUUAAAGUGCUGCGCUUGGAAGAGAAUUGUUUGCAACUCGAUGGCAUUCCUGCAGCCAUACUAGCUGUUUCAAACGUCUCUACACUGGCGCUCGAGGGCAAUCCGUUCAAUCUGAAAGAGCUAGAGUAUCGGCCAGGCUACAACAAGUAUGCCGAACGGGUCACAGCGACACGUAAGAAACGUGAUUGAACAUGCUCAUGUGCACGCAUGCAUGCGCCCACGCACACACACACACACACACACACGUGCGCGCGCGCACACACACACACAGAACACGUUGCCGCAUGCACAUACAUCCCAAGUGUAGUGUCCAGUUCAUCACAGCUCUGUCACAAUGGCUUCGGCUCCCAGGUAGAGCAUACACUAUGCUGUAGGUACGAGUAAUAGGUUGAGCUGAGAGCUACACUUUUAGUCACAUGACACUAGAGUAGCCUGAAUUAUAUUUCUAUCAUUUCAGAACCAAUUUAUAUGCUGAUGCCCUUAUAAAGGCUUAUACGGCUCAUCCAGGGGCAGAUUCUUUUCACAAAACACACGUAUUUUAGCUGUGUUCCAGCCCGUUUCGCUGAGCGGCAUUUAGCAUUUUAUACCAUCCUCUUUUUUCUCAUAUUGAAGUCUUUCAUUUCUGCUAUACUCUAUUUCUCCUUCAUGUGUGCUGAUCGGAAUACAUUGUCUUUCUUGCUUUUUGUUCACCCUCUGUGCCAUCCAUCAUGCAUUGUACCCACCUUGUGCAUUCAAAAUCUGCAAUAAAUCCUCAGCCCAGUGGCAGAUCAUCA